CUUGCUCGGUUCCUAUAUCAUAUAUAUAAGAGGUAAAGCUACAUGCCUCGCCCGUUGAAACCCUUUUCUGCCCCUCCACUGAAUGCCGACGGAGUAUUCGGCUGAUACUGUCGCAGCGGCAAGGAGUUUGCAAACCUAUACAUACAUAUAUGCUUCGGCGGCUACAUUCUGGACCUAUGAUUAUGCUUGUUCACUUCACCAGGAGUUGGCAUUCCUGCUUCAAUCGCGUUGGACCAAGGUAAAAGGCCUUUAUAUCGUUACACGAUAUGCGCCUUUUCUCCUCUUCGUUGGGCAUUUAUAUUUGAACUUUAUCCCGAACAAUAACCCCGAUAAAUGCCAGUUAAUCAACAACAUUUGCUCCUGUUUCAGUCUGAUAUCAGUCAUUUGCUCCGAAUGCUUUUUCAUUAUCAGAACAUAUGCACUCUGGAAUAACAACAAAUUUGUGCUCGUCGCCAUGCUGACCGCCUUUCUUGCUGUCAUAGUAGCAUCCGUCGGUGUUCUCUUCACCGCUACUGCCAACGCACCAUUUGAAACCAGCGCGAUCCCGGGCAUCACAGGCUGCUACCAGUCUGCGGGCAGCGAUGAGCUCUUCUUACCGUUUGUUCUCUUGUUUGCUCUCGAACUGGGACUCAUAUCCCUCACGUUAGUACGUGCCAUACAGAGCUGGCGGACCGCCCGUAACCCUUUGUAUGAUAUCCUGCUGAAGCAUAACAUAUUCUAUUAUGCAUGCGGUCUAUUUUUCUCAGCGGUGAACGUAAUCACGUCACUGUUCCUCCACUAUGCGUACAACGCUAUGUUGCAAGAUUUCCAGCUCAUCAUCCUCGCGAUCCUUGCCACACGCAUGCACCUCCAUCUCUGGCAUGUCGACCGGCACAUACAUGGAUCUGACGCCCUCAUGCUUAUUCCUCUCACUGAUGUGUCGUCUGCGGGCCGCACGGGUUGAAAUCUGCCUCUUACUUCUUCUGCGCCGUUCAUGGAUUGAAGUUUGGACAAUACGAGGAGAUCGGCGACCCUUCUUCAUACGCGCAAGGUUUUACUUGCAUCUGGGCCUAGGAGUUAGUGAGGAGGUGAGCUUAGUCAGAUUGAAAUGACUAGACCGUUACAUGUGAACCUCUACCGUGCAAUCUAACUCCGAUCAUCGAGUUCCUUGAUUGCGAGUGGUGUGGAAGUAUGUCAGAAACCGAGAACAUGUCCAGCACGGAGUAUAGGACCUCAACGGACUUUACUCUGAAGCCAAAAAGAAGAAUUGAGGAACAUCCUAUUUGAUUGUAUCAGUUUUGAUUUGCCGCACAUCAGACUAUGUGAUAUCCGUUUGAAUCGAGUGAGUGUUUCAGCACAGACAUUGUUGACGAAUA